AUGAAAAAAAACACAAAAAAAUAUAAAGAAGGAUUAUUAAAAUAUGAGUUCGAACACGAGAAUAAAGAAAUCAAUCCUUUUGGUGUAAUAAGAGAAGGAACUAAAUUGAAAAUAUAUGAAUGUAAUUCAGAGGAAUGGUAUUUAUUCAAAAAAUUUUCAGAUAUAGGAAAUAAUAAUAACAAUAAUAAUAAAAAUAAUAAUAAUAAUAAUAAUUUAGAUGAUAAAAAAGAAAAUCCUAAAGGAAUUGUACCAAAAUCAUAUAUAAUUUUUGUUGGUAAACAAUAUAACCCAAUUUUAGAUAGAGACUAUUUACAUUUUGAAGAGUUUUAUUAUUUAAUGAUAAAGAGAAUUGAUAAUGAUGAUAAUUCAAUAGAUCAAGAUACAAUGAUUAAAAAACUUUUUAAAAUACAAAACAAUGCAAUAGAUGAAGAAUUUUAUAAAAAGUAUCCAUUACCACCAAAACUCACAUCAAUAGAUUCAAUUGUUACAUUUUCAAAAUUUAAUAAAUUCAUUCUUUUAUUAUUAUUUAAAAUUAAAAUAUUUGAUAAAAAUAAUUUUCCAAUAAAGUGGGCAUUAGAAGUUAUUAAAUCAAGUGGUAGUAUAAAGAUUGAUAAUAAAGAUUUCUAUACAACAUAUAUAGUUGAUUUUUUAUUAGACAUAUUAAAUGAUGAUAAUAAUAGUAAUAAUAAUAAUAAUGAUGAUGAUAAUAAUAAUAGUAGUAGUAGUAGUGCAAUUGAUGAUUAUAAAUUAAAUCUAUGUUGGAGCUUUUGUUUAGAUAAUGAUAAUGAUAGUGGUAGUGAAACGAUUUUUGAAAAAUUAUUAACAGGCAACUUUAUAAAGUUCUACAUUAGAAUUGAAAAUAAUGAUUUCCUAAAAGCAUGUAUAAAGAAAUCAUCCAAACAAAUUCAAAAUAAAUUUAUACAACAAUUCAUCAAAAAAUUCCUUUUUCAAUUAAAAUCUUCACCAAACAUUAAAAAUUUAAUUAAUACACUCAAAUAUUUAUUACCAAUUGAAAAUAAUGAAAGAAAGAAACUCAUUAAAGAAAUAUUCGAGCAUUUUAAAAGUUUAAGGGAAGAUGAAGAAUAUGAUUUAUUAUUAAAAUAUUAUUUUUCAGUUUUUUUAGUUGAACAAGUAAACUCUAGUUCAAAUGAAUUCCAAGAUUAUAUAAAUUUAGCUGGUUAUUAUUUAUGUGGAUUAUUCAAUUCAAAUCAUAAAUCAUUUAAAAUAGUAAUGGAAGAACAAAAUAAAAAUCGAUUAAUUCAAACAAACUUAUUUGAAAAAAUUGUAGAGAGCAUGCUUGCUGCUAUCCCAUGUUGGAGGUAUUUUUUCUCCAAUUUAGAACUCAUCAUGGAAUAUAACUGGUGCCAAACUUUAACAAUUGACGUAAUAGUAAAACAUUUAAAUUUAAAUCAUAUCACUCAUGUACUUAAUUUCAUUGGAGAAUGUGAUAAAAUAAAAAAUCCAAGUAAAAAGAUAAAAUUAAAAGAAAUUGGUUUAAAGGUUUUAGCAAAUCAAUUCCCAGAUUUUAAAGUUAAUAGUUCAACAGAUCUUUCAAAUUUUUUACAAUUAUCAGCUAAAUGCCCAGGUUUUAAAACCACAUUAGAAAUAGGCCCAGAUAAAUUUUCAUUCAACGGUGUUGAUCCUCAAUGGGAAUCUCAAUUCAUAUACACGCUUUUUAAUUUAUUAAAAAAGGAAACAGAUAAACCAGAUGCGGAAAGUGACUACCCAGAGAUAGAAUCCAUAUGGAUUAACCUGUGCCAAUCUUUUGAUUUUAAAUUUUUUUUAGAAGUUAUUUCAAAACCUUGUAUCUUAGCAAAAGAAAUAAUAAUUGAAAAGAAAUUAAUAUACAAUUAUGGUAGAAUACUAAGAUUCUUGGCACUGUUAUAUAACAAUAACAAUUCAUACUCUUUAAAAAUUGUAAAAUCCUUUUAUUCAAUUCUCCCUUUGGUUAAGUUAGUCCUUCAUUUAACUGGCACCUCGAAUAUCUUGAAAAAAGCAUUGGAUAGUGAAUUCAAUGAAAAAAUCGAAAUAUUGAAAGAAGAACUCAAAUAUGAAAAUAAUAAUGAUAAUAAUAAUAAUAAUAAUAAUAAUAAUAAUAAUAAUAAUAAUAAUAAUAAUGACACCAAUAUUUUUCACUAUUUUAAUAUGGUACCUUAUAGUCCUUUGUUUGAAAAUAUUCGUCAGUUUAAUGAACACUUUUUAGAAAUUCUAAGUCUUCUCGAUAAAGACAUUGAAAAGGACAAAGAAAAUAAAGAAUAUUCUUUAUUUGGUCCUGUCAGAUAUCUUUUUCAAAUUUUAGGGACCAAUCCAAGCAAUACUCGAGAUAUAAUGUUAAUUAUUAUUAGAGAAUCAGGUGGAUUUACUCAAGAUUAUGAAAAGAUUCGUAAAGAUUUAGAAACAACAGAAGUAAUAGGAGAUUCAGUCUAUAACUUGGAUGGUUUUGAAAGUUUAAAAAACAUCCUUAAUAGUUUUAUAGAAUUAACUCAACUUCGAAAGGGUGAUGAGGGUGAUGAGGGUAAUAAGGGUAAGUACGAUGUCUUGCUUAGAGCGGUUAUGAUUAAAUUUUUAGAUAAGGUUAUUUUCAAUUCCAAAAUCAAAAGAAUUUCUAAUUCAGAUCUCAGAAGUAGUGUAGUGGACGGGAAUAAUAUUUCACAUUUCAUCAAAAAGUAUUUCUUGAGACCCCCUGGAAUUUCUGUUGAUGAAAAGGAAAAGUUACUAGAACGUUUAACUGAAAGUUUAAAUCGUGUAUCUCCGGAAAUUUUCGAGUAUUUUAUUCAUUUAAAGAAUUAUGAACCAGGUGUAAUAAUGAAAGGACUCAAAAAUACACUUCCUAUGCCAAAUCUCAUACCAUACUAUAUUGGUUCUAAGCUUGAUGGUCAUCUUAUACAAAUUAAUUGUAAAAAUAUAUUUCAUAAAGAGGAUCUAAUGAAUAUACUCUAUAAGAAUAAUUCAAAUAAUAUCAACUGUGAUGUACACUCCAAAAAAGCUUUAGUUAAAUGUGCUAGUUGUAAUUCAAUAAUCUGUAAUGAAUGCCUUGUUUCUCAUCCUCCUUAUCUUUCUCAUCCUCCUUAUCUUUCUCAUAAAUUAGAGCUAAUUAACCCAACUAUUAAUAAUGAUAAUGAUAAUGAUAAUGAUAAUGAUAAUGAUAAUGAUAAUGAUAAUAAUAAUAAUAAUAAUAAUAAUAAUAAUAAUAAUAAUAAUAAUAAUAAUAAUAAUAAUAAUAAUAAUAAUAAUAAUAAUAAUAAUAAUAAUAAUAAUAAUAAUAAUAAUAAUAAUAAUAAUAAUAAUAAUAAUAAUAAUAAUAAUAAUGAUAAUGAUGAUAUGAUGAAUUCUUUUAAAAUUGUAAAAAACUAA